AUGGCGGGCACUUAUUACUUUGUAAUAGUUGGGCAUUCUGAUAAUCCCAUAUUUGAAAUGGAUUUCAUCCCAGUUACAAAGGAAGUAAAGAAAGAAGAUAACAGGCACCUGAAUCAAUUCAUAGCCCAUGCUGCACUUGACUUAGUAGAUGAACAUAUGUGGAAGGUGACUAACACAUACCUGAAGUCAGUGGAUAAGUUUAACCAGUGGUUUGUGUCAGCGUUUGUUACAGCCAGUCAGAUGCGAUUUGUUAUGGUUCAUGAUGCCCGCAAUGAAGAUGGAAUCAAAAACUUCUUCACAGAUGUUUAUGAGGCAUACAUAAAACUUAUGCUCAACCCAUUCUAUAAAGAAGACACCCUGAUCACUUUACCUGCAUUUGAAAAGAAAGUGCAAUUCCUUGGGAAGAAGUAUUUAACA